CGCCUCGCCGCCGCUUCCCGCCCGGAUCGCUUUCCUUUUCUCUUGCGGCGCUGCGGGUCCCUGCGCGCUCGCGGCCCGCCUCUCCCGCCGGGUGACCGUUAACGGCCGGCGGAGGGCUGGGGGCUGCUGGGGCUCCGCCGUCCCCGGCUUCAGCGUGUGCUCCGCUCCGUUGCCGGUGAAGAACCCGGGGCAAGUAGCCUUCGCCAAAGCAGAAUUGUGAGCCUAUAGCCGGCUUCCAUCGCCUUCUCCCUGCUCUGCUCUGCUCUGCUCCGAGCAGGGGCACCGGAGUGCUCUGGGUGAGGGAGCAUAUGGGGUGCCAUCAGAAGAUUUGCAUUUGAGUGGCAUCAGUGGAAAAAAAGGAAAAACAAAGCCCUUGCAUGGAUUCUAAGGAACAGAAACAGUGAGGUCUAAUGGAACUACAGUCUAUUCACAUUACUUUGAAGAUAAUUAAAAAAAUAAUACACUUCAAAUAUGAUAUGGGAUAUCUCUGGAAGUAGAGUGAAAUACAACUGCAUUUCUAGGAUCUUAAACUUACUUUUAUACUGAACUUCAAGUAUUGAAAAGCUGGAUUAGCUUCCGAAUUUCAUUUCUGGUGUUCUGUUUCCUACCUCUGCAGAAUUGCCUAUUGCAGCAACUUCUAUUAACAAUGCUCCCAAAACAUGUAGCUAGGUGUCUGCAUUUUAAUGAACACUUGUAGCUGUAGCUGUCUAUUUUAAAAUUAUAGUAUAGCAGAAAUUAAAAAAAAAAAAAAAAGUCUUUUGUAUUUGUGCUGUGUAGGAUGGGCUUAUUUUUAAUUAGCUAGAAAAGCUAGUAACUUCUUGAGUAGUAUGAUAUUGUAUAAAUGAAUUAAAGCAAAUUCUAAAUCAUCUGCUCAAGUUUCACAGACCUCUUAGUGCUUAUUAAGUACUUAUAAUUUAUUAGUAAUAUCCUGAAACCUCCCAUUUCAUAAAAUAAUCACUAAAUACAGAAUUUUCAUGCUAAAACAGCAUGUAAAAUAUUGCAUUUCUAGCAAACUUUAAACUAAUUUUAAAUAGCUCUAGUAUGUUUAAUCAUUUAGUUGAAAUUGUAAUUUUCUCGGAGAUUAAAUUCUCCCCUACCCAUGCUGUGAAAGUUUCUUACAGGCAUUUAUUUCACAUGAAUUAAAGUGAAGUACUGAAUAGUGAAUUCACAUUUGACUGUUUAAUUAGCAAUAAUAAAUGAAGAUAAGUCUGCUUAAUAAUUAAACUUAAGUUGAACUUCCCUAUAACUGUGCAUCUGAUAUGUGUUUCCAAGUAUCACAAUCAGAAAUUAAGCCCUACUGUAAAUUUAUUUUUCUAUGCAAGUUUGACACAAUAAAUAACUUAAAUUUUUUAUUUUGUACAUUUAAUUUUACAGGUCUUUAGUAAUAAAGUAAUGUUUUUACCAGUUUAAUUAUGAAAUACUCCCUUGAAUUUUAGGUAUUUUUAAAAUGUUAAGAAAAGGCCAAAUACAACUUUUUGCAUUUACUAAUAUUUAGUGUGCUUGUUGCAUAAACCACAUUGUUUAAAGUCAAACUUAACAUAGCAAUCAAAAAUGUCAAAAAGACCUCAAAUUCAUAUUUUUGUGGGAGCACCCUGUAUUCCAGGCCUGCUGGAGGUGUCAGAGCAAAGCAGUUCAGCACCUGCUGCUGAAAAAUGGAGAGAACUCCGCUGUUUGUAUGAUACACAUAGUCUUUUUUCUGAAAAAGUCAAAGGUGCUGACCACUUAGUGUUUCAGGCAGAAAGCUCUGUAGUCACAGCAGUUCCUACAAAUGAUGACAGCUCUCAACAGUCUGAACAGGGGAGAUUAAUGGAUGCAAAAGAAUAUUUGAUGUCUCUUGUAUCUACGGCAGUAACUUGUACCAGCACACCUAAGACCACCGAAACUUUAAUUUAUUCUGAUUUUCAAAUACCUAAAGACAGAUGCACACAUGGAAAUGUAAGCCAGGCUGCAGAUCAACACCUUCCACAAAAAUUUGCAGAAUCAGCUAGACAAGCUAAACAAUCACAUGGCUGUUGUUCAGACCUCACUGAAAGAAAAGCUAGUCAUUUAGAAGUCAACAGCUCUGACAUUUCUGAUUUGGUUGCCAGUACUAAGCAGAUUACCAUACACCUAAGGCCUGUGGGACAAGGUGUUCAAUCGGAUUGUAGAAGUGAUCAGCAUGAACAUCUAAGUCAAUAUCUGGAUAUGUUUUUCCCCCCAAAUCAAGAGUUAAAACCAAAAGGAGAACCAAGUGAUUGUUCAGACUUUGCAGUGUCAACAGAUACUGAAUUUCAUAGUAUAAUGACAUCAAGUCAGAUGGCUGUUUCUGCACAAGAUUGGAAUGAGAUGCAGAACAGAAUCAUAAAACUAUCAGAAACAGGCAAAAAACCUGAAGAAAGGCAGUGUGAUCACUUCCAAUUUGUUUCUGAUGUUGGAACAUGUCUUAAUGUGCCUGAAAAUGAAUGUAAGGAAGAGUAUAAAAGUUCCCUUGAACUUUUCAGCUCUGAGAGUGAUGGGAAAAAUGUUUGCUUUGAAGCUACAAAACAAGAAGGAAGUGCUCAGGAAAAUACAGAGAAGUCUCAAGAACUUAAUGUUCCUGGUGAGCAAUUUGUAAAUGAAAUCUGUAUUGAAUCAUUGAGCUCAGGAGUACUGUGCUCUCAAGUAGACAGUUGUCACAGGAGCUCUUCUAAAAUAGCCCGGAAGUGUGAAGAUUCCUUUCGUAUUUUUCACUCAGCAUUCAAAAGACAGCUGAAAUCAAAGAGAGCUAAACUGAAUUCUUCUCCGGCUGAUCCUGGGAUGAAAGUGGAUCAAGAGAGGAUGACAGUGUUCAAGAAACUUCAAAAGAAACUAUCACCACUUAAGAAUUGCUGCAGUAAAAAUCAAAAGUACAAUGUUUUGGUCACAAUAGUACAUCCUUGUCAUAUCAAAGAAAUACAGGUGAAGAGUAGACCAAAAUCUUCAUGUAAAGUUCCUGUAGCAACAAUUGUAGUUAUUGACCAGUCAGAAAUUGAGAGAAAGGUGGUGCUGUGGCAUGGUGCUGCGUUUUGGUCACUCACUGUGUUUCCUGGGGAUAUUGUACUGCUUACAGAUAUAAUAAUGUAUGAGAAUCUUUGGUGUGGAGAAAUCAUGCUGCAAACUACAUUUGCCAGUCAGUUACUGAAUCUGGGGAACUGCUCAGCUCUCAAUCCAGAAGAAUUUUAUCCUAUAGUGGAUGGUGGUGUUCUCCAUAGCUUAUUGGCAUACAUAUCAUCAGAAUUUCCACACUUUGGAGACAUUCCACAAAGACAAGUUCAGAGACUGGAUAGUGUUCGGUAUAUGCAGCUAGACCAGCUCCAGGCAAAUACAUUGGUUCACUCUAUCUUGAAAAUUAUCAACAUUGUUGUAUUAAGAGAAUCUGUGUAUAGCUACAGAGGUGGCAGCCAAAGAAAAAUUAUUCUAACAGUAGAACAGAACAGAGAUCAACACUAUAGGAUGGUGCUAUGGGGAGCAGGAGCUGCCUGGUGCCCUCAACUUCAAAGGAAAAAAGAUCACAUAUGGGACUUUAGAUACCUUCUGGUCCAACGUAGUUCUGUCUCGGGUGACUUUGAACUGCACACAACUCCAUGGUCAUCCUAUGAGUGCUUGUUUGAUGAUGACAAAAGGGCAAUUGAAUUUAAAGAAAAGUUUCAGAAAAGCAAAGCAUCCCUCAUGCAAAUGACAAAGCUCUCGGCACAUUUGGAGGAAAAACGCUCAGGAGUGAUUCAAGUGAAAGCCCGUAUCUUAGAACUGAAGUUUACCAUUUCAACUGGUCAAUACAAGCAACUUAUCUUCCAUGCUGACACUUCACUGGAGUGUGUUUUGGCUUCUCUGCCUAUGAUUACAUAUUCAGGUUGUGCUAGAUGUGGCUUGGAACUACAGGCAGAUGAGAACAUGAUCUACAAGCAAUGUGUUCGAUGUUUGCCAUACAACAAAGUAAAAAUGUUCUACAGACCUGCUUUGAUGACAGUAGAAGAUGGAGGAUAUGAAAUCUAUGUUCAUGUGGUGUCUGAGUUGAUGGAAAAAAUCUUCCUCAAUAUUCCUGCAGACUGGCUGAACAGAUUAGUAGUGCCCUCUUCAGAUAUGAUCUACAGCACAAUAGUAGCAGAUCUGUGUCAUUUGCUGCUAUCGGAUAAGGAAGCAUCCUAUUUGUUGGAAAUUAGGAGCCAUUUUGUGCUAGAUGAAAACAGCUAUCCUUUGCAAAAGGAUUUCCAUCUGCUAGAUUUUCAUCCUGAUCUUUGAAGCAUUGACCUCUGCAAUAACUGAGUAACAGAGACCGUAGGAACACACAGAUGGCAAACAGAAGAAAAAAUGAAUUAGCUCAAGGAAGCAAAUCUCUUUAAAAUACAAGAAAGGAUUUUGGCUUUAAUGUAUACAAAAAACACCCAAAAGGACUGGUAUGGAAUAUCUACUAAUAGUAUAUACUGCUGCUGUAAUACUGAUAAAUUGUCAUAAAGUAUAUUUUUAUACGUACAUUUUUAUCUUAAUGAACUCUUGCUGGGUAUCUGUUUUCCUUUUCUCCCCAGAAAAGUUCACUAGUAUUGAGAGACUGCAUUUUUCUCAGAUAUGGUAGAUCAGAGGAAGACUGCCACAGUUCAGUAAUAUUUUAGUUACAAGGUUUUUGUUUUUCUUACCCUGUAUGCUGUCUGUAACUUGGUUAUGUCUUUGCUUGCUUAGCUGUUGUGGUUGCUUUCCUUCUUUUAACAGCAGAAUUUCUGCCAUUGUUUUCUCUUGUAAAACAGAACUGUCUCAAUGACCCUAAUUUUGUGUAUCUAGAAGUUAUUGCACCAAUUUAAGAGGUUUUAAACAGUUUAAACUGGUGCAUUCUUUCGUGGACACUUUAAAUGAUUUAAUUGUUGUAGUAUUUAUUGUUGUAGUAUUUAUCCAGCAUAAGUUGGUAAAUAAACUUAAUCACCUUAAGCCAAUUUAAUCAGUUUAACACUGGUCUGCAACAUUUUCUCCCAACUUGAUCAGAUUUAGAAAUUAAUUUAAUUCUUUUUGAAGUCUUACUGUAUUUUGAUAGUGAUUUUUAUCAGUAAAAGACUGAGUAAAUGAUGACUGCACCUAACUUCAUAAAGUAACAAUCUCUCAGGCUUCAAACAGAACUGUUCUCAAAACUGAAUUUGGUAAAUCAAGUUGUCAAAUGGAAGUAAUAUGACUGUUGAACAGCUUUCAUGUGCUGUUUCUUGGAAGUGGCUACUUACAAUUGAAUAACCAUGUUUCUUGGUGCUAGUUUGGAUUCUGUUGUAUCUCAUGGGAAACCAGUUUGGGACCGUUGGUUUUUAAUGAUGUUGAUUAGAGCUAUGUGUAAGCCAUGCAUUUUCUUGUGUACCAAUAAAGGGAAAGGUAGUAAUGUUUCUGAUCAGUCUGGCAGCAAGAGAGAAUCCUAAGGACUGUUGGAUAACAUUGAAGAAAUGAAUUCUCAGCUGAAGUUUCAUGAGGUCACUUAUCUUAUUUCUGUAUUUAACUACUUGUGUACUGAUCAAUCUGGUCAGAGUCUAUUGAUCAAACAAGUUCAUGCAGCUCUGCUCGUAGCAAACUUAGUCUUCCGGUUUAAGCUCUAGCCAUCUUGUGAUAAAAUAAUUCCCCAAUAUUUUUGUCUAUCUCUGAAAGUGUCUUAACAGUUUUGUCAGCAAGCUUAGAAAUGCUGGUCUUAUGCCAGCAAAAUCAAUUUCCUGCUGUGCCAAGAUACCUGAGACUAGUAUAAGACAGACAGCACAGUGACACCAAAAACUAUGCUCAACACUAGCACCACUGGUGUGCAAAUCAUGUGCAAAUGGCAGGACAAAAUCUCCAGAAGAAACUAGGUAGCCCCUUAUACAAAUGAAAUACUGCAGAGUCUCUCUAGAGGAAUGAUAAUUUCCACAAUGUUGAGCCUAGGGCAAGGGAGGAACCAGUCACAGAGGAGAAUUGUAGCAUCCUUGUCUGAUGAUCAAGAAUGAAAACUUACUUUUGCUACUGUUAAUAAAUUGUGCCUAAAGAUAAUAUGGAAAAUCACGGCUUUGUAGAACGAGAAUUCGAGACUUGCAAUGAUUGAAUUUCACCUCACUUGUAAAAGCACUUUUUAUCUUUAGUUUCAUGUGACCUGGCAAAAACAGGAUGACAUUGUCCCAACCAAUCACCUUGGGGAAAGUCCUAAGCAUCUGUGCCUUUUAUACCUUAUUCUAACUAUGCUUUACUCAGUAGUGUCUGAUUCUGGAAUGUGAAUUUCUUAAUGCCAGGGAAGACUAUAUUGAAGGGAAGAGCAAUUUCAGUGUUUGGGUUUAAAUGAGAUAUUAGCACUAAUGCUGAUCCUGUAUGAGUGAAAACAUUCCCGGAGCAUUUUGAGUUUAGUAAGACUCUUGAAAACCAGACAUCGAUUACAUUAGAGAAAUCCUAAAGAUUGUUUUACAUCCUGUCAAUGUGUGGUCUCAUUAGGAUGAUUUGAUAACUUUGGGCAAAGUCGUGCCAGCUGGAUUAGUGAGCUGUAUGGGACUAACCAAGUUCUACAUACUGUGGUUAGAUCUCUCCAGCUGACUCGGACCAGACUGCCUCAUUCUCUUCUCAUGAUUUUUCAGAUCACCACUCUGACUCUUGUUUAACAGUAUUCCUUCUUGAAAUCCAAGCUACGAACAUGAUACCAUAGCUCAAUGUUAACUUUAAUAAAUUUACCAUAAUUCUAUAGUUUCUUUGGUUCCUAGUAAUUCUGUGUAAAAUUUCUAGGUCCUGCUGCCUUCAGACUUUUCUCCCUGCCUUUCAAACAGGAAACCAUUUCACUUUCUGUGCCUCUGUCUGAGAUAGAGAUUUCUUCUGAAGGAGCAUUUUGAUCCUUUAUCACCUCUAAUGCAUUUUGCUCCCUUUCAGUUUCAUCAAGCUGCUGCUUUUAGAAUGUACUAUUAGGAGCAAGCAAUUAUCAAAUAAAUCCAUCUGGUUUCUCAUGUCCUCACUUAGAGGAAGGAUAGAGUAGUGCAGAUAGCACUGAUCAUUAGGCUUCCUAAAACACUAGUAUAGGUAUAAUUUUAAUUGGGAGAGAAGGUAAGGUAGAGAGUAGUCCAUAAGGGAAUAUAAAUAAAUACUCUGCUUGAGUAGUGGUAGGGCUUCUUCUCUUGAGAUCCUGUUCUCUAGAACAAGAAUGUAACCAUUAUGUCUGUUCUAAAAUGGUGGUAAGUUGCUGCUUACUGUCAUUUGAUGGGGUUGUACUUUCAUUAAGUUACAUGCUGGAUUUAUUGCAGAGCUUUAUAAAUUCCUGUAUUUGUCAAUAGUAAUGGGAAGUAUUGAGGAAGGUGUCACAUUUUGUAUGAGCUUAUAUCUAUUUCUUGUUUAUUUCUUGGAUGGGUAUUUUCUGUACUAUGCAUCUUGGUAAAAUUCUAAAAUUUUUUAGAGGAAAAGAAGCACUGUUAGGCACUGAGAGAUCAUGUAAUCAUUCCUCCUCCUUCAUCUUGAUAUAAGUCUCAAGCACAAGACCAGAUGGAUGAUCCGUAAAAGGCAGUAGGUAAAAAAAAUUGUUCUAUUAUGUGACAAUUGAUAGCACUGUGUUACAAUUCCUUCUUUAAUAAUCUCGCUUUACUGGAAUAACUUUCUUGUUCAGCAGUAGUCAAAAAGGACCCUUCUCAUUUACUUCACUUGGAUAACCUUGAGCAAAGUCAAGUACAUCGGUGAUGCCUAUUUCCUUGCUUCUGCUGCCUUUUUCUGCUCUUACUAAUUCAAAACAAGCAAAUAACAAAAGGCGCUUUCUUAUGUAUCUCCUAACUCAUGUGACUGUUUCUGAGCAGUUGGAUAAUCCCUAUACAAUAGCUAUGGAUCUGCAGGUUGGUAAGAUGGGAAUUUUGAUUCCAAAUGUUUAUCAAAUACUUCUGCAUCUGCUGUAUACAACAUACUUCUACUUCAGCUGUACCCCUCCGAUACUUGUAAAAUGACAGAAGUUCCACAAUGCCAAGCAGCCUGGUAUCACAUACCUCCAAGUUUUCUUUCUCCAGAUCUCUCCAUAUGACUAGUUUGUUGUCAUCAGUCAAUGUUUGAUUUUUCAGUGGGAAGGUAACUUGGCCUAGGAGAUGAUGCUUCUUCUGUUUAUCGACAUGAUAAACCAAAAACUUCAGAGUCCUUUGGAGCAACGUUUUACUGGAAACCUG